AUGGGCUCAAUUGCGGCGCCAAGUGACUGGCGGGCCUCGGACAAUCUUGAGCUUGAAGCAUUGGUCGUCGGAGGAGGUUUCAGCGGUCUGUAUACCUUGUACAAACUCCUCGACGCCGGGAUCGACGCGAAGCUCCUCGAGGCAAGCGAUCAGUUGGGUGGUGUCUGGAACUACAACCGAUACCCCGGCGCGAGAGUCGACUCGGAAACCCCUUACUACCAGUACAGCAUCCGCGAGGUGUGGAAGACGUGGAACUGGAGCGAGCGGUUCCCCGGACACGAGGAGCUGCGGAGGUACUUUGACCACGUGGCGACCGUGCUUGGACUGUACGACCACAUUGCGUUUGGGCAGAAUGUUGUUGGGUGCGAUUUCGACAGCGAUGCCAAACAGUGGGUGGUCAAGACGGAGCAGGGAAAGACCGUCAGGUGCCGAUACUUGAUCGCGGCCGUCGGGUCGUCGUAUAAGAAGCAUUUUCCGGAUUUCCCGGGUCUCAAGGACUACAAGGGCGUCCUGUUGCAUGCGGCGGCGUUUCCUGAAGGGGAGUUUGACUUCUCUGGGAAGGACGUCGCAAUUGUCGGACAAGGUGCUACGGGGCUGCAGAUCACACAAGAAGUCUCCAAGAAAGCGGCUAACCUGACCGUGUUCAUUCGGACGCCAAACACGGCGUUUCCGAUGUAUCAGCGCAAGAUGUCGGCCGAAGAACAGAACCAAUAUAAAUCCAUCUACGACCAUCUGUUCAAGGUGUGCCGCGAGUCCCGUUCCGGCCUCCCUUACUGGUCGGACGGAAAGGGCACGAAAGACCUCUCCGCGGAGGAACGCGAGAAACGUUGGGAAGAGCUGUGGGCUCGGGGUGGGUUCAACUUCUCGAUCGGCGGGUUCCGUGACGUCCUGUUCGACCAGGAGGCGAACGACUUGAUGUAUGACUUUUGGAAGAAAAAGGUACGGGCGAGGAUCAGCGACCCCCGGAAACGAGAGAUCAUGGCGCCGGAAAUCCCGCACCACCCGAUAGCGACGAAGCGGCCCAGUUUGGAACAGGACUACUACGAGUGUAUCGACAGGCCGAAUGUCGACCUUGUCAGCCUCAAGGAGACGCCGAUCCAGAAGUUUGACAGCGACGGGAUCGUGACGACGGACGGCAAGCAUCGUAAGCUGGACGUCGUGAUACUGGCGACGGGCUACGAUGCCAUUACCGGCAGCUUCACGGAUAUGGGCUUGAGAGACGUGAAUGGCCUCGACAUGAAGGAGAGGUGGAAGGAUGGGGUGCGUACGCACUUGGGCAUGACGUGUCCGGGCUUCCCGAACAUGUUUAUGGUCUAUAGCCCUCAAGCGCCAACGGCUCUGGCAAACGGCACAACGAUCGUCGAGGUCCAGGGCGACUGGGUGGUCUCGACAAUCCUGAAGAUGAAGAAGGAGGGCAUUCUGACCAUCGAGGCCAAGCCAGACGCGGCAGAGAAGUGGGCAGCCGACAUCCAGGAGAUGAACGAGAAGACACUCUUCCCACUGACGAACUCGUGGUACAUGGGGGCGAAUAUCCCAGGCAAGAAACGGGAGCAGCUGAAUUAUCUUGCGGGUUUGAAUGUUUACGAGCAGGCGUGUAAGGAGGCCCAGAAGCAGUGGACUGGGUUCGAGACCGUUCUUGCCAUAUAG